AUGUCGCAUUACGGUGGUCCCCCCAACAACCAGUACGGCGGUGGUGAUUACUAUGGCCAGCAGCAACAGCAGGGCCAGGGUUAUUAUCCGCCUCAGCAGGGCCACGGUGGUCCCCCACCUCAAGGCUACUAUCCCCCCGAGCAGCAACACUAUGGCCAGCCACAAUAUGGCGGCCAACCGCCUGCUCAUUACGGCCAGCCCCAGCAAGGCUACGCUCCCCCACCUUACGAGCAGCAGCACCAGCAGGGCCAAUACCCGGGCGGUGGUCAAUACGGACACAACCAGCAAGCGCCACACCAGGACCGCGGCCACUCGCCCUACCCGUCUCAGCAACAGCAGCCGUACCAACAAGGCGGGGCUAGUGCUUCAUACUAUGGCAACGAAGUGCCCCAGCACCAGCAGGGGUAUGCGCCUGGGCCGGGAGGUCCGGAAGGUGAAAAGGGUCUUGGAUCCACGCUCAUCGGUGGCGCAGCUGGUGGGUUUGCGGGCCACAAGUUAGGCGGUGGAUUCCUGGGAACUGCGGGCGGUGCCGUUCUGGGUGCGGUGGGAAUGAAUAUGGCAACUCAUGAGGUUAAGAAGCACAAGAAGGAGAAGAAGAAGGACAAGCAUAAGAAGGAUAAGCAUCACAAGCGCCGUGGCUCAGGUUCCAGUUCUAGCUCGAGCUCGUCCAGCUCUUCUAGUGAUUAG